AUACGUCUAUCUGAAUAUACGUUCCAUCUGGGAGUUUGUCAUUUUCAUUAUCAUUUCUUCUUUGCUUUCUCCUGUCUCAGUCUCUCCAUGGAUGUAUGUCAGAUGAAAAUGUUGUCAUCUGGGGAGAAUGGGGAUACAAUGGUGCAUGUAGAGGUACCUGGUCCAACUUUGACAUUCCAGAACAUUCACUAUUGUGUUAGAGAAAGCCGUGGACUUUGCCGUAAGAGAGGACCAAAGAAAGACAUCCUGAAAAAUGUCAGUGGCAUCAUGAAGACGGGACUGAACGCUAUCAUGGGAGCUACAGGAAGCGGCAAAACAUCGUUGUUGGACGUGAUUUCUGGAAGAAAGGAUCCACGUGGUUUGCGUUCAGGUCAAGUUCUGGUUGACAACAAGGUCGUGACCUCUGAACUCCGGCUUAUGUCGGCCUAUGUUGUACAGGAUGAUAUCCUGAUGGGCACGCUUACUGUGCGAGAGAAUCUCUUAUUCUCUGGAAAUUUGCGGUUGCCAAGGCAACAGUAUUCCGCUGGCGAUAAGAAAAAGAAAGUGGAGAGCAUCAUCCAUGAGCUUGGGCUGGAGGACUGCGCAGACACAAAGAUUGGUACAGAGUUUUUAAGGGGUGUAUCAGGAGGAGAAAGAAAGCGUUGUAGCAUUGGUAUGGAGCUCAUUACAUCUCCUACACUUCUGUUCCUGGAUGAGCCAACCACAGGCCUUGACUCCAAUACAGCCAACAGCAUCAUGGGUCUAUUGCACAGGUUGUCACGGGGUGGUAAAACUAUCAUUUUCUCCAUCCACCAGCCACGUUAUUCCAUUUUCAAGCUGUUUGAUCACCUGACGCUCCUCCAUAAAGGCGAGAUGGUUUAUGCCGGACCUGCUGGCAAAGCCAUGGACUACUUUCAGAGUCUGGGUUACACAUGUGAGGCUUUCAACAAUCCUGCAGAUUUUUUUCUGGACAUAACAAACGGGGAAACUAUUUUGUCCACGCCAACAGAGAAGUCAUUGGCUGAGCUGUACAGAGAAUCUCAGUUCUGUGAUGCCGUCGUAGAGGAAAUGAAAUGUAUCACCGGCCCAUCUGGUUCCUCAUUUGAAACCAACAACAAGGCACCAUCCUAUGUCACACCUUUUUUCUACCAGAUGAAGGUGGUGUGUUGGAGGACAGCACUGAACAUUAUUAGGAAUCCUCAGACCUCGUAUGCUCAAUUUGGUCUGAAUAUCAUCUUUGCAAUUUUGAUCGGCCUCAUCUACUACCAGAUGCCUAAAACUCUUCCUGAAGCCAUACAAAACAGGAUUGGAGCUUUCUUCUUCCUUAUAAUCAAUAUGGUGUUUGGCAACCUAUCAGCGGUGGAGCUCUUCAUCAAUGAAAGAAAGAUCUUUGUACAUGAGAACUCUGGAGGAUAUUACCGGACAUCUGUGUAUUUCCUGUCUAAGGUGUUUGUGGAUUUGUUACCAAAUCGCAUCAUACCACUUUUAGCCUUCGCCUCCAUUGCAUAUUAUAUGAUGGGGUUGAAGCCGGCAUUUACAGCGUUCCUGUGCUUUGCAUUGACCUUGUCUUUGGUCAGUCUGGCAGGAGUCAGUUUGGCGUUUCUGGUCAGUGCCAGUGUGAACUCAUUCGCCAUGGCCAACGCUCUCAUCGCCAUUCCUUUUAUCUUCAUGAUGGUUUUUGGCGGGUUCCUUGUGAACCUCAACUCCAUGCUCAGCUGGUUGUCCUGGCUCCAGUGGGCCAGUAUCUUUAAAUACGGGCUAAAUGCUGUGACUAUAAAUGAAAUGAAAGGGCUGGUCUUCAAUGCUACAAUGACAGGAGAGAUGUAUCUUGAAUCUCAGGGAAUCGAUUACAGCACAUGGGGCUUCUGGCAAAACCAGGUGGCUCUGCUGGGCAUUAUACUCAUAUGUAUGACGUUGGCUUACGUACAGCUACGUAGAAUCAACCGCUGGAAAUAGCAGAAACGCAUCAUUCAUACAAUCUGACUGUUCACUUACAAUGUAAUUGUGCCUUUUUGUUGUAUAUUUAUUACACUGUACAUUGUAAUAUUUUAACAUAAAGUUUAACAUAUUUUAACAAUAAAUAAUACAUUGUAACAUUUAUUUAAACCCUACACUGCUGUUGAAAUUAUAUUUGUUACUUGUUUGAAAUUAUAGACGGUUUAACAAGCGGCUGUCGUGGUCCGCACGUAACUUCCGGUAAACUCCGCUAAGAAUAAAUAACAACAAAGUUCUUUAAAUGUAGUUUAUUUAUAUAACAAGCAAAAAAACAACACAUAGAUUACCUAGGAAACCAAAACAUUUGUUAUUUUCGACGAGGCAUUUGUUCAAGAGAUCAGUUUAGCAACAGUCAGACCAUUAAAAAAACAAAACCGGAAGUAAAGUUCAGAUCCAGACGUGUAUCGCGUCAGCGCACAUGCGUCCGAUGAAACCGUCUAUACAAAACUAAACUAAAGAAAACAGGCAAUUGUGCAUCAGACUUUUGACUCAAAACCUAUCCCUUACUGGGAUAUAGAUAUGACCAAUGUGACAACUAGUCCCAAUGUCUAGUUUAUGAUAUCGUGCAUAACUCUUCGUUAACAUUGAAUGAUUUUGCGCCACAAACAAAAAAGACUUCAGUUGGUGCUUUUGGAUCAUAAAUAAAAUUUUGUUUAUGUAACCUAAGGUAUUUAUGUUGAUAAAGUAAUGCUAAUUAAUAUUUUUAUUUGAAAAAAAUAAUUUAAUUUAGAUGUUACCAGCACAUUAUUUUCAUAAUGUUUGCUGUAUUUAACAAAAUGCUCUUCUAUAAAUUGUAAAUAUUUUAAUACAUUUUUUGAAAUCUGUAUGGUUACGAUUAUGAAAUCGGUGUUCUCCAAAAAUAGGGUUGUCACAGAAUACCGAUAUUGACAUUAACGAUGAUAUUAUUUUUUAAAGAUUUUACACAUGUCAUGUCAAUACUACACAUAUACGAUAAUAUUAUAAAUAACUCAGCAGACAUUUAACAUUUUACCCUAAGAUACAUAACUACUCUUGUCUUUUCAUUAGAUAUGAUUUACUGCCUAAAACCCUGAAUAAAACAAAAUUAACAAAAAAGAUACAUUUGACUCAUAGUAUUGUUAAUUUAUGUUUAAAAACAGUUAAUAAUAUUGUUAUCACGAUUUCUUUUGACCACAAUAAUCGUGUAGGUAAAGUCUGAUGUGCUGUAUUUACACCUGUGUGUUGUAACCACUAGGUGGCAGCACUGAUUCAAGUCUUUGACCAAUGUGAUUUACAUUCAUAGCCCUUUCAUUUUUCCAUUGCCCUGUUAUAAAUUAUAGACAGUAAUGUAAUUUCCUAAUAAAUGCUCUAAACUGUU